UGACUAUGUUUCAUUUUCCAGUUUAUUCCGUGGGGGAAUGAAUGAUGUGUGCACUAACUUCAUACCAAAAAUCUACACUUUCGAAUCCUUAUGUUUUUCAAAUUCCUACAGGAAUGUCUCCCCUUCCUUUUUCAUCUAACAUUCUUCUAUUCGAAUCCCAUUAGGGUUUUCUCUGAACUUCCCAAAUCGGUCAAACUCUAGAAAGUUCCGACCUUUGGUUUGGACCUAUUUGCGGAAGGAAAGGAAACACAAACAAGCUUCAAACUUGUUCUAAAAUGCUUGCUGCUGCUGCUUCAGCUUCUCGACACCUUCUUCAACGCGAUGCCAGCAUCGGUGCUUGCAGUGGCAGUGGCAAUCGAGUUCGCUCUCUUUUUACAGUUUCUGUGAUCGCCACAACCUACCCAAGUCGCACUAAAACAUGUUAUAGUCAUGGUUAUGGAAUCAGUUUCAAUGCCCCUAAACACAGAGCGUGCCCAGGUUUGCUUUUUGCUGUAAAGGGGUUCCUCUCUGAUUCAUCAAAUUCUAAUUCUCCACAUGGCAGAGUUUCCAGACCUCACUUACCACAUCCUAGUUCAAGUGUGGAUGGGCGAGCAUUGUUCUCAACUUCAGCUAAAGAUGAUGGAAGCCGAAGCCAAAAGGCUGCUUCUUCCACCAUUCCUAAACCACCACCAUCACUUCCUAAUGGGCAAGUUGCUGAUGUGAGGAUCCUUCGCACACUUGCCAGUUACCUUUGGAUGAAAGAUAAUCUUGAAUUCCGGGUUCGGGUUAUUGCCGCAUUGGGCUUACUUAUUGGGGCUAAGGUUUUGAAUGUUCAGGUCCCGUUCUUGUUCAAGCUUGCAGUUGAUUCGUUGACGACUGCUUCGGGGAAUGCUGCUGCUCUUGCUUCGAGUUCAAGUGGGUUGGCUCUUUUUGCAACCCCAGUGGCAGUGUUGGUUGGAUAUGGGAUUGCGCGUUCAGGAGCUUCUGCUUUCAACGAAUUGCGGACCGCUAUAUUUUCUAAGGUUGCACUGCGAACAAUUCGAUUAGUAUCAAGGAAGGUCUUCUCACAUUUGCAUGACCUUGACCUUCGGUAUCAUCUAAGCCGAGAAACGGGUGCAUUAAGUAGAAUAAUUGAUCGUGGUAGUCGUGGAAUAAAUUUCAUUCUCUACUCUAUGGUGUUCAAUGUGGUACCUACCAUGAUAGAGAUAUCUAUGGUAGCAGGUAUACUGGCCUACAAAUUUGGAGCUCCCUUUGCGCUUAUUACUUCCUUAUCAGUUGCUGCUUAUGUUAUUUUCACUCUGUCUAUCACACAGUGGAGGACUAAGUUCAGGAAAGCCAUGAAUAGGGCUGAUAAUGAUGCUAGUACGAGGGUUAUUGAUUCACUUAUUAAUUAUGAGACUGUCAAAUAUUUUAAUAAUGAAGUUUAUGAAGCUGAUAAUUAUGACAAGUACCUAAAGAGAUAUGAAGAUGCUGCUCUGAAAACCCAACGAAGUCUUGCUGUCUUGAAUUUUGGUCAAAAUAUUAUAUUUAGUACUGCUCUUUCAUCAGCAAUGGUGCUGUGCUCUCAUGGGAUCAUGGAUGGAACGCUGACUGUUGGUGAUUUGGUAAUGGUGAAUGGGCUUCUCUUCCAAUUAUCUCUUCCACUCAAUUUCCUUGGUAGUGUUUAUCGUGAGACUAUACAGAGUUUAGUUGACAUGAAAUCCAUGUUUCAGUUACUCGAGGAAAGAGCAGACGUUAGGGAUAAAGAAAAUGCACAGCCUCUUAGAUAUAAUGGGGGGAGUAUCAAAUUUGAGAAUGUACAUUUUGGUUACCUCACAGAAAGAAAGAUACUAGAUGGAAUAUCGUUUGUUGUGCCAGCUGGUAAAAGUGUUGCAAUUGUUGGGACUAGUGGAAGUGGAAAAUCAACCAUUCUUAGAUUGCUAUUCAGGUUCUUUGAUCCUAAUUCUGGAAGUAUAAAGAUAGAUAAUCAAGAUAUUCGGGAGGUAACCCUUGAGAGUUUGCGGAAGUCCAUUGGUGUUGUUCCACAAGAUACUGUACUUUUUAAUGAUACUAUAUUUCACAACAUUCACUAUGGUCGGCUUUCUGCAACAAAAGAGGAGGUCUAUGAAGCUGCUCAACAAGCAGCAAUUCAUAACACUAUCAUGAAUUUUCCUGAUAAAUACCAAACUGUUGUCGGAGAGCGAGGGCUCAAGUUAAGUGGUGGUGAGAAGCAACGUGUUGCCUUGGCUCGUUCAUUCUUAAAAGCGCCUGCAAUUCUGUUGUGUGAUGAAGCUACAAGUGCUCUUGACAGCACAACAGAAGCAGAAAUUUUAAGUGCAUUAAAGUCCGUAGCAAAAAAUCGGACUUCCAUAUUCAUUGCUCACAGGCUUACCACUGCAAUGCAGUGUGAUGAGAUUAUUGUUCUGGAAAAUGGGAAGGUGAUUGAGCAAGGACCACAUGAAGAGCUCUUAUCAAAACCAGGAAGAUAUGCACAACUGUGGGGACAACAAAAUAACACAAUUGAUGCAAUUGAUACAGCCAUUGAUGUGGGAGCAUAAAAAGUUAUAGAAAGCUUCUCCCUUCCUCUCGGUGAGAGAAAAAGACAUUGUGCAAUGUUAAUAGUCCAUGACUUCAUUACAAUUUUGAAGUUUUGUGAUACCUAAGUCUGUUGUAAGCCUUUCUUAGCCUCUGUAGUACAUUUUAUAUUUGUUUAGCUAGGUCAAUUCUUGCAGCAGGGAAUAUCAUGUCAUUUCAUGAUAUAUCAAUUCUUUGUACCGACAUACGUGAGUUUUUGGUCUUCAAAGGCAACACUUGUAUACAUCAGUUCAAGAUGAUUGAAGGUCUUAUGAGCUUUCAGCUGACAGCAAGAGUUUGUAUUAUUGGAUUUGAAUAAUAGAUUGUGGGGUACUAUUGUUGCAUAAAUUAAAGCACUUUAAGCUAAGUAAAAGUGAUUUCUUGUAAA